GAGGCGCCGGUGCUGCUAGACCGAGGCGGCAGCGGGUCACGACGUGGGGCGGCCAGCGAUGAAGCCGCCCAGUUCAUUGCAAACAAGUGAGUUUGACUCAUCAGAUGAAGAGCCUAUUGAAGAUGAACAGACUCCAAUUCAGCUAUCAUGGCUACCCCUGUCACGAGUGAAUUGUUCUCAGUUUCUUGGUUUGUGUGCUCUUCCAGGUUGUAAAUUUAAAAAUGUUAGAAGAAAUAUCCAAAAAGACACAGAAGAACUAAAGAGCUAUGGUAUACAAGACAUAUUUGUUUUCUGCACCAGAGGGGAACUGUCAAAAUACAGAGUCCCAAACCUUUUGGACCUCUACCAUCAGUAUGGAAUUAUCACUCAUCAUCAUCCAAUCCCAGAUGGAGGGACUCCUAACAUAGCCAGCUGCUGUGAAAUAAUGGAGGAGCUCGCAAUCUGCCUUAAGAAUAACCGGAAAACCUUAAUACACUGUUAUGGAGGACUUGGAAGAUCUUGUCUUGUAGCCGCUUGUCUCCUACUAUACCUGUCUGACACAGUUUCACCAGAGCAAGCCAUAGACAGCCUGAGAGACCUAAGAGGAUCUGGGGCAAUACAGACUAUAAAGCAAUAUAAUUAUCUUCAUGAAUUUCGGGACAAACUAGCCGCACAUCUAUCAUCAAGAGAUUCAUUAUCAAGAUCUGUAUCUAGAUAAAAAAGAAUUUCAAAUAACAUAUAUAUGACCAUGUCUGAAAUUUAAGAGCUAUUUAACAUAAUUUGUAUUGAAACAAAAUUUACUAGUGUUAUCAACUUGAAUGUAAAUGUGUACGUGCAAAUAUUCCUAAAGCUUUUAUUGACAAAUUUCAGUUGUAUCUCUUAUCUCUUCUAGAAGAUCGAAAAACUGCUAUAUAAUGUUUGAAAUGUACUGUCUCCUCUGGUAUGUUUUACUUAGAAAUAAUGCUGAAGU